GCCCAAAUAAAAUGCCCACCAUGACAGUUAUGCUCCUAAUUCUUUCCGCGCCCCUGCAGUCCAUGCUCUACCCUCUCUCGACGGUAAUCGGUAACGGUCACUUACCGGUCAAUUUCUCUUCUCUUUAAGAGUUCACUAGAAAGUUACUUCUACUCCUCGCAAAAUCCACUUGAUCGCUUACUGCUCUCUCUCUCUCUCUAUCUCUCUCUCUCUGCAACUCCCUCUCUUUACUCUUUUUAAAUUAUACUUAAAGAGGGGUUUAUGGUGAUAAAGAGGCGCAAAGUGAAUGCUAGGGUUUUGUGAUGGUGGUCUUGAAGAAUGAUAUAUGAAGUGAUUUUUGAAUUUUGGUCUCAAUAAUGGUGGCUGCGGUUUCCACUCCAAUAAACCCCAAUACGACACCGGCAGCGGCGGUAGCCAAGCAAAACCGUAACGCAACUAGGCCUCUUCUGUUACCAUCGGACCCCGACAAUGCACUCGCACCUGGCCGCCCAAAAUCCCGUGAAGUUACUUCUCGAUACAUGUCUUCUUCGUCUUCCUCUUCUUCCACAGCGAAGCGCUCCUCAUCGCCGCCGAUUUCGCGGCCAACGGGUAUGAUGACCCCAAUGCCUUCCGCACCUUCUACAAUCAAACGAUCGCAAUCCGUCGAGCGGAGGAGGCCUAUAGAUUUGAGGAUUGGGAAUGGUAUUAGUGGGGAAGUGUCAAAUGCGCAGAAGAUGCUGAUUACUUCUACGAGAAGUUUGUCAGUCUCGUUUCAGGGGGAGUCAUUCUCCCUUCAAGUGAGUAAAGCAAAACCUGCUCCGUCGCCAAUUAGAGCAAGGAAAGGUACGCCAGAGAGAAGAAAAGCUACGCCGACGCCCACGAGAGGAGCGGAUCAGGUGGAGAAUUCAGGGCCGGUGGAGCACCAGCGGUGGCCAGGGAGAUUGCGGCAACCGAAUUCUCUGAGUAGGAGUGUGGAUUGCACUGACGAUAGGGAGAGAUUAACUGGAUCUGGAGUGAAUAUGAAUGUUGUCAGGGCAUUGCAGAGCUCCUUGGUGGAUAAUAGGUCCUCAGUUGAGAGCAGAUUGAGCUAUGAUUCCAGCAAUAUUGAUUCAGAGAAGCCCAUUGAUACCAAUGGAUACGAUACACACUGCGAUCCACUUGUAGUUUCUGAUACUGAGAGUGUGUCCUCUGGUGUUACUUCUGAAGGUGUUAGUAAUGUUGGUGGUGGUGGACAAGGACAACGUGGAAUAAUGGCACCUGCGAGGUUCUGGCAAGAGACUAACAACAGACUCCGGCGCGAGCCAGAACCUGGCUCCCCAGUCUCCAAGACCGUCGGAUUGAAAGGACCUGCACCAACUAAAUCUAUCGCACCCAAGAAGCUUAUUGAUAGCCCAGUGUCGUCACCCAAAGGAGUUGUGAAUACUAGGGGACAGCUGUCUCCUAUUCGUGGCGGAGCAUUACGGCCUGCUUCACCUGGUAAGCUUGGGGCACUUUCACCAAUGAGGGGAGUGAGCCCAUCUAGGAAGAGAAAUGCUGCGGGAGCCGUGGUGAAUAGCAAUUUAAGCAAUUUGAAUAAUACACCUUCAAUUUUGAGCUUUGCUGCUGACAUUCGGAGAGGCAAGAGUGGGGAGCAUCGGAUUGUCGAAGUGCAUUUGUUGAGGAUUUUAUAUAAUCGGUUGUUGCAAUGGCGUUUGGUAAAUGCCAGAGCUGAUACUGCGUUGUCAGCACAGAGGUUGAAUGCAGAGAGAAGACUGUAUAAUGCACGCAUGGCAACCUCAAAACUGCGUGAAUGUGUCAAAGCAAAAAGAAUGGAGUUACAAUGUUUGAGGCAAAAUUUGAAGCUAAUUUCCAUCCUCAAGGGGCAGAUGAUAUAUUUGGAAGAAUUUGCACUUAUAGACCAGGAUUUUUCCCGUUCUUUAUCUGGGGCUAUUGAAGCUUUGCGGGCUAGCACACUUCGCCUCCCCAUUGUUGGUGGUGCAAGGGCAGAUGUCCAAAAUGUGCAGGAUGCCAUCUGUUCGGCACUUGAUGUGAUGCAGGCAAUGGCAUCCUCAGUAUGCAUAUUAUCAUCAAAGGUUGGGGAAGUAAACUCUCUGGUGGCUGAACUUGCUAAUUUAGCUGGAAAGGAGCAUGCUUUGCUUGAUCAGUGCAAGGAUCUCUUGUCAAUCAUUGCAGCCGUGCAGGUGAUGGAAUAUAGCCUGGGAUCGCAUUUUAUACAACUAAAACGUAUACCUUCCAGUCUAACAGCAAAAGUGUAAAGCUCAUAUCACUUGACAGCCUACCCUAAAUGCUAACAUCAAACCAGAUCUUUUUUUUCCUCGGAUUCAAGGAGGAGCCAGAUGUAAUAAAAGAAGUAUCAAAUCAAACGGUUGAUUGCUUGUAAAAGCAGAAAAUAGCACACUUGGCCUGUUGGCUGCAAAAAGGAUGGUCCUAUUAUAUGCAUAGAUUGCAUAGAGUUGUUGUUAUUCUCUCUCUAUAUUCGGAUUAGAUUGUAUAGAGGUGCUUUCUCUAUAAGGCAGAGAAAAAUAUAUGUAAAUAUGUUGUAAUGAUGUUUCCAAUUUUCCUUUUAUUCAAUAGCUCUACCUCUAGGCAAUUUGUGACCCGUUGUUUUUCUGUAUAUAUCAAGGUUAAAUGGUAAAUUGGUAAACUGUGUUUCCACUUA